AUGGCCGUCGCGCUCGAAAGCAUCCAUGGCGCAUCAGCGAGGGCAUGGUUGCAUGCUCUAUCGCCGGGACGCGUAUCCCGCCAAUUUCCGAGCGCGGUGACUCUGACACGCUCUUCAAUUGCGCUGCGCAGUCGCACUCAUGCGCAUGCCUUGUCCGCCUCUCUUAGCCCUCUGGGUGGAGCUUGGCUGGCGAGAAACGUUCAGAGAAAAGCGGAAGGCGGAAGGAUAAGGCGGAAUUUGCGGAGCGUGCUCACAGAGGCAGCGGGAGGAAGAGGAGGGGUUGGGGGAAGCGGAGAAGGGAAUGGCGGGGGGAGCGGAGGAGGAAGUGGGGGAGGAGGAGAGGGGUCAGAUGAGGGAAAAGACGAAGGGGAGGAAAGGACUAAUUUGUUGCGGCGUAUUCUUCUGUCGCUGACUGCUAUACUCGAGGACGCAUCAGCAAUGCUGUCAUGUGGGCUGUCGACCCUACACACCUCAUUAGCCGCACUCAUUGAACGCUUUCCAAGCUGCAUAUUUACCCUCAUCGCACAUGCAUCACAAUUACUCCGACUGCACACUCUCCCCUCCUCCCCGUUCUCCCGCCACCGCCAUCGCGCCUCACUCCUGCUCCCCCUCCUAUUAGUCCCCCUCCUCGCGCUCCUCUCCCCUUUCGCGUCCGCCUCCGCGUCCCUCAUCCCGCUCGCGCGCCUCAGCACCUCGCGCACCUACCGCUGCCUCGAGCUCACCGUACAGGACGAAUCCGGCCACCCGCUGCCGCCCUCAGCUGACGUGUACGACGCGUUUGCAGUGCAGCCAGGCGACGUGUUCGUGCGAAGGGACGUGGAAGACGCGGUGCAGCACCUGCUCAGCCUCGGAUGGUUCUCCCAUGCCGAAGUCUCCUGUCGCCCGCAGCGCUCCGGGUGGACCUACCUGCAGCUCACUGUUAAAGACAUGCACUACCCCCCAGCUACUAUUGCGAAAUGCGUCAACGUGGGCGUGUCUGCACAGGAGGGGGUGGGUGGGGGAGAGGCAGGAGGAGGACGGUCAGCAGCGGCAGCGAAAAAGUGCCUGUUACCUGAGAGCGAGGAGUGGGAGCUGUCGAGAUGGCUGUCCCGCCAGGGCCCCUCGCUCUCCCAGCCGCUACUGCAGCAGCUAGCAGCGAGGAUAGAGGAGUGGUAUGCAAAGAAGGGAUAUGUCCUGGCCCGCGUGCGAAGCUUCAUGCCGCCAGGGAAAGGGGGAGCGGGGGUGGAAGGGGGGAAGGGGGGCGGGGGCGAGGUGGUGUGCCAUGUGGUGGAGGGGGAUGUGACGCGCGUGCAGGUGCGGUUCGUGGACACGGCAGGCAACACUGUCAAGGGCCGCACGUCACUGGCACUGCUGCACCACGUGCUGCCCACGGAGGUAGGGGUGGUGUACAACGCACGGCUGGGGCGCGAGGUGGUGCGGGCGCUGUACCGGCUGUCGCUGUUUGAGUCGGUGCAGGUGCAUCUGCGCCCGGACGAAACGAGAGGGCAGCACGGGGGAGUGGUGGUGGAUGUGGAGGUUCGCGAGCGACUCAUGGCCGCCGCCACCGCUGACGCUGACUGGCACUUCGCCGUGCCGCCCAACGGGUGGUUCCCACGCCUGGAUUCCAUCUUUCCUGGGUGUCGAGUGCACGUGGAGCAGCAUGGGUUGGGAGGCAUGAACCGCUCGCUGUACCUGGACGUCUCCACUCACAACAUCAUGUACCCCCAGGACGACCUCUCGCUCAAGCUAGAGUACAUCCAUCCCUUCCUCCACGGCGUCCUCCCCCCGCCACACCACGCGCUCUCCUCCCCAUCCUCCACCUCUCCCUCCCGCACCACCACCGCCACCACACACAACCCCCCUCCGCGCAAUCCGCGCACGCUGAGGGCAGCGCUGUUCAACUCGCGGCGCCUGUCGUCCGCGCUGGCCUUCCAGGGCCCCACCGCACCACUCGCCCUCGCCCUCGACGUGGGGCCGCUCUGGGUGGACCGAACAGGGGGGAAGGUCUCUCUCACCGAGGAGGUGACAAGGCAGAGCAGCAGCAGCACGGCGCUGGUGUUCCAGGAGGUGUGUGUGCGCGAUGAGAACGCCGCCAUUGUGCCGCGCGUCUCACCCUUCCGCCACUCCCUCGCUGCCCCGCCCGCCACCACUGCUGCUGCUGCCGUCGCUGCUGCUGCUGCGGGAAUGGCUCCACUUACCACCUCCUCUGCUGCCUCAUCUCUCCCUGCUGCAGCAACUUCUGACGGUGGUGUUAAUAACCAGGGGACUGGGAGCAAUAACAGCAGCGGUGGCAUGCGGAAAGGGGGGUUAGGCAGUGUGGAGACGAGUGUGAGUGGACAUGGUGUCGACCACCAACUCACACUACAGCAUGUCGUGACAAGAGACGCCACCCGGCGCGUGCACGGCACGCAAGUGGGCGCGCGGGAUAUCUUCCACGUGGAGCAGGCACUGCUGCCCUUCACCUCCCUCCCCUUCUUCAACCGCUACACCAUCUCCUGCACACGCUUCCUCCCCCUCGAAACCGUCUACUACGCUCUCUUCCCCUCGCCCGCGCGGGAACUGCGUCUGCGGCGCCGCCCACCCCCGCCUGCACGCUCAGCGCCGUGCACGCUGGUGCUGCACGCGCGGCAUGGUGCGUGUGUGGGCGACCUGGCGGCGGUGGACGCGUUUCAGCUGGGGGGAGCGCACUCAGUGCGGGGCUUUGAGCAUGGAGAGCUCGCCACGUGCAGGCGAUUCCUUGAGCUGAGCACGGAGGUACGUGUGCCCCUGCGAGCGCUGCACCUCUACUCCUUCCUCGACUGGGCCUCCGACCUCGCCUCCUCCGCCGCUGUCCCCGGCAACCCCUCUGCGCUCUUUGUCAAGCCCGGCGGCGGGUGGUCGUGCGGUGUGGGGGCACAGUUUGGGCUCAUGCGCGUGGAGAUGGCCAGGGAUGGGCUGUCGGGGAGGACAGACGUUGCCUGCUACUUUGGAGACCGGUAUUAA